AUGCCUGCUGAUAAUCACGGUAAAAAUCAAAUGAUCAAAAAGUGUCAAGAGUAUUAUCGCGGUAAUAGAAAACAACUGCAAUCCAUCCAGGAAUUCGAUGAUACUUAUCGAAGAGCCCACGCUAUUCGAUGGUAUACUCGACAAUCGUUCGUUUAUAAACUCAUCAAUAAAGCUCUACGCACAAAAGAUAUCGAACAACUGCACGUAUUUCGCUUCUUCAUCGCUGAUCUCUGCUCAAGUCUUGCAGAAGAGUACGAGAAGAUGAAACAAUGCGAGAAGGGUGUGCUGCGCGUCUAUCGAGGUGUGAAACUAUCGAACGAAGAAGCUGAAAAGCUGAAAGAGAAUGAGGGUAAACUGAUUUCGACAAAUGGCUUUCUGUCAACAAAUCGUUCGUUUUCAGUGGCUAAGAAUUUUGCUCGUCAACCGACCAAGCGUCAGGACACCAUUGUCGUUUUGUUUGAAAUCGAGUGUGAUUUCAGUGAGUUGAAUGCUGCUGUUGUGUGCGCCGACGUCGCACAGUUCAGCGAUAGUCCAGUAGAGCAGGAAGUCCUCUUCGAUCUGAGUGCAACUUUUAAAAUACUAUCAGUUGAUCGUACAGAAUCACAUGUCUGUCGUGUGGUCAUGAAAGCAACCUGUGACGCAGUAGAUAUUGCGCAACCACAUAUACAGUUGAAUGGAAAAGAGCAAGCAGAAACAAGUGCUCCCUCGACGUUCGGUUCCAUCCCUUGUGACAUCGAGACCCACCAGAAAUUACAAAAAUUCUUCCAGCAUCUGCUGGAAAAUCCUGCACGUGACGAUAUCUGUAAGAUUCAGUAUAACCUUGAUGUUGCUGAUCACAACCGACGUGAAUACGAUAAUGCGCUAAAACAGCAUGAGCACAACCACGCAAUAAUCACAACUAAAUCAGUGCCCGACCAACACUCAGCUAGAGUAUUGAAUUAUAUUGCCGCUGUCUAUAACAGGAAAGGCGAGUAUGAUCGUGCUUUGGAUUACUAUGCGAGAUCUCUCAGCACACAAGAUAAAUGUUUGCCAACUGAUCAUCCAGGUAUUGCUAACACUCUCAUCAGUAUUGGCGCUAUUUAUGACAGGAAAGGUGAGUUUAAUCGAGCUUUGGAACAUUAUGAGAGGUCCCUCAGAAUUCAGGAAACAUGUUUACCAUCUGACCAUCCAAACAUUACCACAAGUCUGGACAAUAUUGGUGCUGUUUAUGACCAGAAACGCGAGUAUGAUCGUGCGUUGGAAUAUUAUGGGAGAUCUCUUACGAAAAAAGAAAAAUGUUUGCCAUCUGACAAUCCGAAUAUUGCCACAACGCUGAAUAAUAUCGGUGCUAUUUACAACAGGAAAGGCGAGUAUGAUCAUGCCUUAAAAUAUUAUACGAGAUCUCUCACCAUAACAGAAAAGUCUUUGCCACCUGACAAUCUAGCUAUAAUCAACAGUCUCAUUAGUAUUGGCGCUAUCUAUGACCGAAAAGGCGAGUAUGAUCGUGCGUUGGAAUAUUAUACAAGAUCUCUCAGGAUAGAAGAAAAAUGUUUACCAUCUAACUAUCAAGGUAUUGCCACAAGUCUCAAUAAUAUUGGCGUUGUUUACAACAGGAAAGACGAUUAUGAUCUUGCUUUGGAAUAUUAUUCGAAAUCUCUUACCAUAAAAGAAAAAUGUUUACCAUCUAACCAUCAAGAUAUUGCCGCAAGUCUCAAUAAUAUUGGUGCUGUUUAUGACGGGAAAGGCGAGUAUGAUCUUGCCUUAGAUUAUUUUACGAGAUCUCUUAAAAUCCAGGAAAAAUGCUUGCCAUUUGACCAUCCAUAUAUUGCCGCAAGUCUGAAUAAUAUUGGCGCCGUUUUUGACGCGAAACGUGACUAUGAUCUUGCUUUGGAAUACUAUGCAAGAUCUCUCACCAUAACAGAAAAGCGUUUGCCAUCUAACCACCCGGAUAUUGCCACAAGUCUCAAUAAUAUUGGCGUUGUUUACAAUAGCAAAGGUGACUAUGAUCGUGCUUUGGAAUAUUAUGCGAGAUGUCUCACCAUAACAGAAAAAUGUUUGCCAUCUGACCAUCCGGAUAUUGCCACAAGUCUGAAUGAUAUUGGCGCUAUAUAUUGCAGGAAAGGCGAGUAUGAUCGUGCUUUGGAGUAUUAUGUGAGAUGUCUCAGUAUAACAGAAAAAUGUCUGCCAUCUGAUCAUCCGGAGCUUGCAAAUCGUCUAAUUAGUACUGGAGUUGUUUACAAUCGGAAAGGCGAUUAUAAUCGCGCUUUGGAAUAUUAUUCGAAAUCUCUCACCGUAAAACAGAAAUAUUUGCCACAUGACCAUCCGGAUAUUGCCACAAGUCUGAAUAAUAUCGGCCUUGUCUAUGACCGAAAAGGCGAAUAUGAUCGUGGGUUGGAAUAUUAUGCGAGAGCACUCGCCAUAAGGGAGAAAUGUUUGUCAGCUGACCAUCCGGAUAUUGCUAACACUCUCAUUAAUAUUGGUGCUAUUUAUGCCUGCAAAGGCGAGUAUGUUCGUGCUCUGGAAUAUUAUGCCAGAUCGCUCGCCAUAAGAGAGAAAUACUUGCCAUUGGACCAUCCGAUUAUCGGCAAAACACUGAAUUAUGUUAGCCUUGUCUAUGACCGGAAGGGCGAUUAUGGCCGCCCUUUGGAAUAUUAUGCCAGAUCUCUUACCAUAAUACCAAAAUGUUUGCCGUCUGACUAUUCUGAUAUUAAUAACACUGUCAUUAGUAUCGGUGCGAUUUGUACCCGCAAAGGUGAUUAUGAUCGUACUUUGGAAUAUUUUGCGAGAUCGCUCUCCGUAAGAGGGAAACGCUUGGCAGCUGACUAUUUGAAUAUUGCUAAAAGUCUGAAUAAUAUUGGCCUUGUCUAUGACCGGAAAGGCGAGUAUGAUCGUGCUUUGAAAUAUUAUGCCGGAUCCAUUACCGGAAAACGUUCGGCAGCUGACCAGUCAGAUAGUGACACAAGUGUGAGUGAUGUUGGCGUAGUUUGUGACCGGAAGGACGAGUAUAAUCAUACUGUGGAAUAUCUUGCGAGAUCUGUAAGAAUCGAAGGAAAAUGUUUGGCAUCCGAGGAUCCGGAUGUUGCUACAAGUGUGAGUGAUGUAGGUGUAGUUUGUGAUAGGAAAUUCGAUUUUGAUCAUGCUGUGGAAUAUCUUGCGAGAUCUGUGAGAAUCGAAGGAAAAUGUUUGGCAUCCGAGGAUCCGGAUGUUGCUACAAGUGUGAGUGAUGUAGGUGUAGUUUGUGAUAGGAAAUUCGAUUUUGAUCAUGCUGUGGAAUAUCUUGCGAGAUCUGUGAGAAUCGAAGGAAAAUGUUUGACAUCUGAGCAUCCGAAUGUUGCUGGUUUGGGAAUUGUUGAUGCUAGUUAUGAGAGACAAUACGGUUAUAGUCGUUCUGGGAAGUAUAUGCAACGAUUGUGGGCUAAAUGUAGAAAGCUUGUGAAAGAAUGA